UUUUUUCUUAUUUAGUUUUAGUCCUGGAAAUAUCAUGCUAUCACAGAGAUAUAAGUAUGAAGAUUUUCCAUUAUCUUCAUAAGAAAGACAAAGUGUUCUAAACGUUUUAAAUAGUCUUUAGUUAGUUAGUUAUACUUAGUGAGUUAGUUAGAAUGUUAUUGAGGCAUGUGGCCUAUAAAUAACAAACAUUAGAGAGUUAGGGGUAUCUUUUGUAUCAUUUGGGUAUUGGGAUUAGGAAGAGGGUGUGGACUCUCUAGAGAGUGUGGACUCUCUCUCUUGUAUUGUGCUCUAGUUCCCAAUUUGGGAAUUAGGGAUUUGUGAGAAAUAAUAUCAGAUUUCAGGGUGGUUCUAUCAUUGGUAUCAGAGCACCAAUCUAGGUGCCUGAACCACAAAUCUGCGCAUGGAAGAGACAAAGAGCAAGCUGAGAAUUUCAGAGGAAAUUCCAAUUUUUGGUGGAGAUGAAGCUCUGGAAUGGAUACAACGUUUGGAGGUUGUGCUACGAGGAGUUUCAGAAGAAGAGAAGUUGCAGGCUUCAAUGGAGGCUUUAGAAGGAAGAGCUCUUACCUGGUUUCAAUGGUGGAAACGUUGUAAUCCGAAUCCAUCAUGGGAAGGGUUCAAAAUUGCAAUGGUGAGGAGGUUUCAGCCCUCAAAGAUUCAGAAUCCAUUUGAGUUGCUUCUUUCUCUGAAGCAAGAUGAAACGGUGGAAGAUUAUGUGAAAGAUUUUUAGAAGUACGUGGGUGCUCUUAGGGAAAUUGAUCCAGAAUUUGUCAAAGGAAUCUUCUUGAAAGGAUUGAGGGAGGAGAUCCGAAUAGAGGUACGAUUGAUCGAAUCUUACUCUCUUCCUGAGGUUAUUCACAAAGCCAUUCUUAUUGAACAAGAAAAGAGAGAAUCUGAGGUUGCAAUCAAGCGAACAGCGGCGGCGACAUCACGGAGAGAUCCUGAUGUAGCAGCGGCAACAGCCGAGAAAGUACCGGACGCAGAGGAAGACUUAACUUUUGAGUCGCAGAAACCCAUUCUUGAAGCGGAGGAGGCGGUGAUAGCGCCAGCGGAGUCGUCGCAAGGGAAACUGGAGAUCGCAGUGGUUACUGUGCAGGAAGGAGAAACAGAAAUCAGAAGCAAGUCUGAAGCUUCCGAUAACCCAAUCGGAGGAACGGCCAAGGUGUUAACAGCGACAGAGUUCAGAUUUUCACGUGGGUUACCAUUCGUGGGGCCAGGAACGCUCCAACGGCCGCCAUCAAAACCACCUAGCAACGUGAUGCGCCAGGAGGUUGGUGUGCCAUGGUGGGUGACGACGAAGGCGGAGAUGAUCUUCACUUGCCACGAGAAGGGAGAGGAAGAUGAAACAGAGUCGGGUCUUCUCUGGUCAAGUUGGGCGGCCGAACGGGCACCGGCAGCGCCGCCGAACUUUGUCGUCAGGGGCGUUGGUAACUGGGUCUUAGCGCCACUGGUUGUGUCGAGUUGUGUGGCGAUGGGAAAUCACGAACGCAGAGCAAGGUGGGAAGAGUUUGUCGUCAGGGGUGGAUGGGAAUGUUUCUGGAAUGUGCCAGCAGCAGAGGUGUGGCCAGAGAGGAUGAGGUACCAGCUGGACUUCUGCCCUGACAGAAUGGGCCAUACCCAACUAAGGAAGAAUUGGGCCUUGCAACCGAAUAGUGGAGUGAUGGGAUUAAGGGUAAGCCUGUGGUCAAUGUAUAUGUUAGGAAGGAGAAGGACUCAAACUGAAUUAGUCCUUUAGGGUUAUUUUUGUAAUAUCUUCAGUUUAUAAGGACUGAAUUAGAAUAAGUGAAUAUUGGGGGUAACAGCUUUAUAUAGCUGAUAGUUAGAGUUAGAGAGUUAGUUUUCUGGUUGUUGGUGGGCUCUAACUGAAUUGAGGAAUUCAGUUGUAACUCUCAUCUCUCUCUCUCUCUUCUCUCUCUUCCUGUAACCGUUCUUGAUUCCCCAAUCUGAAUAAUAUUCAUCUCAAUUUUGGAAGAUUCUUCACUGUUCUUGUUUCAAUUCUGUUCUUCAAAUUCCAGAUCUAACAUUGGUAUCAGAGCACCGAUUCUGGUGCCCUGAUUUCGCUUCUGUUGUGGAAAUCGCCAAUCUCUGUUCUAGCAAACAUGGUGAACACUCGCGCAUCUGGUUCUAGCGGCGAAGAAGGAAUUCCAGAGAGGGAAGCUUUCAGAACUCGCAUGGAGUUGAAUGAAGCUAGGACGAAGCAUCUGGAAGAUGCGAUUGAGGAGAAUGCGGUUAGAGCAAAGAGGAUCGAAGAAUCUCUCUAUGCGGUGUUGUCCAAGCUUGGAGUUACCACCGUUGAUGAAGCCUUGAGCCGCGAUUUGCGAACUGCAAUUGGAAUCGAUCCUAGUCUUGAGCGCGAUAAGGGAAGCAAUCGAUGGAGGAAGCUUGAGAUUCUGAUUUUUGGAGGUGACGAUGCUUAUGGUUGGACGCACAAGCUGGAGAGGUAUUUUGAGCUGAGAGGAGUUUCUGAUGAUGAUAGAAUGCAAGCUACCUUGAUCGCUCUUGAAGGCAAAGCUCUCAGUUGGUUCCAAUGGUGGGAAAGGUGUAAUCCAAAUCCUACUUGGGACGGUUUCAAACUGGUAGUGAUUAGGAGGUUCCAACCAGCUAUGAUGCAGAAUCCAUUUGAACUUCUUUUGUCUCUUAAACAAACUGGAACUGUAGAAGCUUUUGUAGAGGAGUUUGAGAAGUACGUGGGAGCACUCAAGGAGAUAGAUCAAGAUUUUGCUAAAGGAAUCUUCCUGAAUGGCUUGAAGGAAGAGGUCAAAAUGGAGGUAAAACUCUUUGAACUUCCUACUUUAACUGCAGUUAUACAAAAAUCUCUGAUGAUUGAGCAGAAAAAUUUGGCUUUGGGAAAAUCUGCUAGUUAUAAUUAUCCAAGAUCAAACAACUACAAUAGAACUGGAACAUACAAUAAAGUAGUGACUAUUGAUACCAAGGGAACCAGUGAUAAAAAGCUGGAAACUGUGGCUGGUAACUGUAACACCCCGAUUUCCAGGUGUCACUUUAGUAACCAAAAAUAGACUUUACGCUGAAAACAGGUAAUUUUUUUUUCGUUUCUUUCCUUUAAAUCAAAGCGAUAAAGAAGUAGAGACAACACCCAACAACUAAACUAACCGAUAUACAAAUAUAUAUACAUCUGUACAGCCUCGGCUGCACUCCAUGUCACGCGAAGCCGCAGUGACUCCAAAGUAGUACGCCCGCAGGCAAAUAUACAAACCAGAACUGUGAGUAAAAGUAUCAAAAUACAGUUAUCCAAGAGAAAGUCGGCACUCAAAAAUGGCCUGAAAGGAAGACCCCUAUACUCCGACAGACUCUCUGUGAUCCUCCUCAAAAGAACCACACAAAAAGCCACACAUCGGAACCUACCCUGUCCCAACAAGAAACUGACGAUCAGAGCUCUACACAAAAAUGUCGCUAAUCCUAACCUACCCUCCCAGCUCAGCUCACCAGUCAUCCUCCUC